CAGGCAGAAACUCAGUCACGUGCUUGCUUCAUCACGGCUGAUGACGUAAUGAAGCACAGCACCCACCUGCCCUGACGUGAGGCUCAAAAACCUGGAAGACAUAGCAGAGCAAAUAAACAAGCCAUGCAACCCUCAUGACAACCCCUCGCCUCCUCACACAAUUCCGCCCAAAGACUUCACCCAUCCGCAUACCUUUCAGACGCAUAACCACCCUCCUCUCAACAAGACCUCGACCCCGACUCCAAACCACCAGCACACCCACCGCGCUCACUCGACCGCUCCUAACCUCCCCGCACCCACGCACCAUGGCCUCAGACGAAGCCUACGCCGCCUUCCUCGACAAAGCAAACCAGGACACCAGCCCGGCCCAAACCCAAUCCCCCGCCAAACCGAGCACCAAAUCCGUCGACACCGCCAUCCCCGCCGCCCUGCAGAACAUCGAGCAAUACUACCAAUCCGACGCAGACGAGCCCUUUGAACCCGUAUCCCUCUCCUACGAAACCGCCGACCUACCCUCAGACGAUGGUCUCGCGCAGCUGAUCGGGCAUAAAGAUGGGGUUGAGGGGCUGUCUCGGCAGGAUUUUGAUCCGCGGGGUCGAUAUGAGGGGGUGUUUGAGGCGGUGCGGGAGGCGGCUGGGGGGCAGGAGGUGCGGGUUUAUAGGGUGCGGCUUGGGGGCACGAGGGUGGAGUAUUAUGUUGUGGGCGUGGAUGGGGGGAAUGGGAGGCUUGUGGGUUUGAAGGCGUUGGCUGUGGAGUCGUAGAUGGGUGGAUAUGAGAACAUUGAAAGGAUUGGCAAGGAGCGAUCAGGGAAUGAUUGGUUUGCUAGUGCGAUUGUAUGUCAGGCACGGAUAU